UUGCUCGUGAAUUCACGGAGGACUUCGUAUUGACUCGGGAACCGGGUUUACCGCCUCGAGUCGACAUUUCUUUCAUGUCUUCCAUCAGCCAUCGGAACUACUCGUAAUUCUUUUUUACUCGAGUCGAGUCCGAUUGCAUAGGUGACCGAUAGUCGAUCAACAAUAGCGUGCGUGUGUGUGUGUGUGUGAGUGCGUGCAUGUGUGUGUGCACAGCAGUGUCAUUGCUAAAAAUUAUGAGUGCAAUAUCUAAGAAACUACAUACUUGAACCCUGAAAAUGUUUCAAGGGAAUUAAAAAAAAAUCCUGUCCUAAUGUCUGUAUGGUCAGCGAGUACUGGACGUAAUUCAAUAUUUGGCGUGGAAGCUGGAGUUGGCAUUGUUCCUGCUUCACACCCAUCCGUUCAUUCUCAUUCACAUGCACACAUACACGGAUCUAACGAUCAUUGUUUCCACAAACGCAUACACAAUUAUCAGUCGAAGAUGUCGCAGUCAGGUGAUGGGCUACAUACGCCAGGAUACCUCGCCUGGAGAAAACUACAGCUUAGCAGAGCUAAACUCAAAGCUUCUAGUAAAACUUCAGCUCUACUAUCGGGAUUUGCCAUGGUUGCCAUGGUUGAAGUACAGCUCAACUCGGACACGAAAGUUCCUAAAGAGAUGCUAGUGACAUUUGCAGUGUGUACAACGCUACUCGUCGCAGUCCAUAUGCUGGCUCUUAUGAUAUCAACUUGUAUCUUACCGAAUAUUGAGGCGGUGUGCAAUUUGCAUAGCAUUAGUCUCGUACAUGAAUCUCCGCACGAACGACUACAUUGGUACAUUGAAGUGGCUUGGGCUUUCUCCACUCUUUUAGGGCUCCUACUUUUUCUCGUUGAGAUUGCCAUCCUCUGCUGGGUUAAAUUCUAUGAUUUCUCACAAGUAGCCGCGUGGUCGGCAUGCAUCGUCCUCAUACCAGUCCUCGUCAUAUUCCUUGCCUUUGCUAUCCAUUUCUAUCGUAGUCUUGUUAUUCAUAAAUACGAGGUUACCGUAUCGGGUAUUCGAGAACUUGAACUUCUCAAAGAGCAAAUUGAAUCUUCCGAUGUUGAAGGCAGGAACGGCAUGAGUACACUUGCACAUAAUACACUUCAAAUUGUUCAAGUUGUCUAAUAAAAAUAAAGUAGUUUGAUUCAAAUUUGCCUCUCAAAAACAAUAUUAAAUUAAGCCUUGCGCGCGUGCGUAUGAAUAAGUGGAUGGAUAAAUGGGUGGGUGGCUUUACUAGUCUCAUUAUUUAGACUGGUAUUUUUUGUUAUUAUUGUUUUUUCUUUAUUUUUCUCUCUACAUGUACAAAGAAAUUCUCUAA